UCUCAACAAACAUCAACUCAACAACAACCCUCGUCUCACCCCAGUAUCCCACAACAAUGGCCGCGUCGCCCACCACCCGCCCGGGGCUCACACCCGCCGACCUAGUCCUCCAACCGCACAUUCUCCGCACCAUCCUACAAUCCGCCCACCGAGAAACGCUUGCAACGUGUCUCCGCGUCAACAGCACCUUCUUCCAUGAGGCUGGGGCGAUCCUCUACCAUACCGUGCGGGUCGACAAUGCCAACUGGCAAGCCUUCUUCCUCGGCGCGUUUGUCAACGACUGGCAUAGCGAGAUUAUCUACUGCCAGUGCUUUGACGACGAAAUGGACGACGACGACGACACCAUCACCACGACGCUUUACCCGGAACUGGAGGACUACUGGCCCACCGAACGCAAUUUCAAGGUUCCGCUGCUGGGAUACGUGCGCGUCCUAUCACUUGGCUCUCACCACGACUGCCUGUGUGAUUUCUACGGCAAAGACAUUGGCCCGCUUCUCCACCAACUCGACACACUUCGUCUCGUGGCUACUCCCAAGAAUCCCUUCGGUUGCCACGACUUGUGCGACUUGGCCUCCAAGGUAGAAACGUGGGAGGCUGCCAUAUGCCCCCUCGUUGAAAGCACCACACCGAACAAACUGGUUCUUCGCAACCAAGGAUUCGACAUGGGGUACUAUGCCAUCAGCGACUCAUGGAAUACUGUGAAGCUGAAAGAGGCAGUUUACAUCGUCCCAGUGAAUCAGGAUGCCCUCAAUAGCAACGGCUCCAUCGAGCAUGUCCCGUAUCUCCUCCGAGCUCCGUUCGAGACCAUCGUCUUCCGUGACCCUUUGGAGGAAUGGCACCCACGCAACUGGGGUGCGCACCCCGCUCCGAAGUCCGAUCCACUCGACGUAGGCCUUAUCACCGAGACUCUCGACGACUACACUACCGAAGGCACCCAAGCCACACUGGUUGGACUCGAAUCCGUGGAGUUUUGGAUUCCGCCCCGACUUCUCGGGCGCGUCUCGGCCGAGCAAGCAUCCUCUCCUGCGAUCCUGACUCCACAAUGGACGCGCGACGUGGCCAUGGACAUGAUUCGUCGCGGUUGUCGUGAGGCCGAAGAAUUGGCUACCCCCAACACCUUUACGUUCAAGACCUUCAAUGAGCACUACGCCCAGGAGUACCACAAGCGCAGGUUUGAGAUCGACGACGACAUGGACCCGGUGCUUCAGGUUGCGAGCCUCGAGAGUCAGCUGCUCAAGCUCGAUGUGUAG